CCGACGCCGACCCCGACGCCGACGCCAACGCGAUACGACGAUAAAAUGAAGCGGUGCAAGCGCAGCUUUUACUAUUUAUUCGUUUUCUUCUUUGUUACGACUCAUUCUCGCGCUCAAGUGUUAACGUUGAACGUCAACUUUGAGAAGCCCGUCUCGGUAAUUGACGAAAAAUUUCUCAGCCUGACCGUUGACCCGUCAGUUUUAUUGCGCGAAACCGCGUCAAGCACGAAAUUCGAGGAAAGCAUACGUUUAGCAAAAGCCUUAAGUCCUGCUUACGUUCGAUUCGGUGGAACACGCGGUACUUUUUUCCAGUCUAAAGGAUCGAGUUCUCGAGAAGAUCCAGAGGGGAAUCAGAAUUUCGUUUUAUCCGAGUCCGAUUGGGUUUUGGCGCAUCGAUGGGCGGAUAACGCGGGAUUGGAUACGAUUGCUUGCAUAUCGGCUGAAUAUAUUACGAACGAUCGCGAUCGACGAGAAGACGUGUCACGGAUAGUUUCUUUCAGCGAUCGAAUGGGCUUGAAUGCAAGCUGGCAGCUGGGAUACGAAUGUCAAACCAGAUGCAACGUAUCAGCGACCGACUUAGCGAGAGGGGUAGCGAAUCUGCGACGAACACUGAACACGUAUCCCAGAUAUUCGAACAGUAGAGUUAUAGGUCCCGACGUUGUAACUUACAAAACGAACAACCAACGACGAUACCUUUGGGAUUAUUUGAACGUUGCUAUAUCUACGCUUUCAGCCAUCACCUGGCACCCCGAAUUCGACUCCGUUACUUUGGACAACGAGCGCGUACUUAUACCCGAAGACAAUUUAGAAAAAGACAUACAAGAUCUGUCGAAAGUUAUAGGACCUUUCAUGGAGAAGCGACCGUUAUGGAUCGCCGAAUCCAAGCCGGAAAAAUACAAGAGCUCGUACCUCGGAGCACUCGUUUUGGCAAGAAGGUUAGGAAACGCGGCAAAGUCGAAGGUGAAUGUUUUCAUGAGGCAACCGUCGGAUUUGACUCGGCCAACCCCGGAUUACUGGGUGUCCUUGCUCCAUAAAACUCUCAUCGGUGGAAAAGUAUUCGAGACAGAAAUUGAAAAUGGCAACACGAGUCACGUGUACUUGUACUGUCAUUGCACCAAAGCCACAAACAGAUACGAGAAAGGAUCCGUUAUUAUUUUUGGAGCGAACCCAAGCCCCGAGAACGUCGAAAUCGAUCUGAAAGGAACAAAAAUUACGACCAUUCACAAAUACGUUCUUCUACCAGGUUUCGAUGCAUCUAACAGAAUGUUUGCCGAGACCGUUCUCUUGAACAACGAACCGCUGACUCUGACCAACGACACGGUUCCCGAUGUGAAACCUGCGAUCGUACGCGACUCGAACAGUUUGCGUAUCAACUUUCCCUCGACUGGCAUAGGCUUCUGGGUUCUUCCCGAUUUCAAAGUAAAAUCCUGCACGGAAACUGGCAAGGUAUCGAUAACGCGAAUCGAUAAACGCGUUCCCCGAGAAUUGGGAAAGACAGUACGAGAUAUUAAAGUUCGCGUAAAGAGGAAAGAAAGAAACGAGUCACAGUCACGGUCAGCUAGGAAACCAAACGCGAGAAGGGAACUGGAGCAAUUGAAGGAUUUCGUGAGGAAGAAACUGGACGAGUACGAGGGCAGAAUAACGUCGAUCGUUAAAGGAUUACCGGGAUUACCGGGCUCCGCAAUCGAGCGCGAGCACACGAAUAUCAUCGAUGACGGAGACGAUACGAGCGCGAAAUUGGCAGAGUUCAAAGAUCGUUUGACGCGAAUCGAGCAUCUAGUUGGAACGACUGGAACGAGAACGAGAACGACGCCGACGAUCAAAGGUUUCAUCGGCGAAGCCGUCGCGGAAACGGUAUCGUUGAUAUCCAAGAUACAAAACGCAAGAUCGUCUAGUAGCGCGAUCGAUUAUCUCGAGUCUCUCUACCAUCUGUUGACUCGCGCGAGUUUUACGGCAUCGAGCGAUCAUUCGGGACACGGAACGGAUAGGUUAAUUCGAACAACGAAAAGAUCCAAGAGAGAUCUGUUCGAAGAGGUCGCCGCCGCAGACUCUGCUUUCAAUUCAAACAAGGAAAUUCUUCGUAGACUCGAGGAUGUAGUCCAGGUGCGAUCCAACGCCAACGGUCGAGAAACGAAAAGCGGAGAACGCGGUAGAGAAAGGGAAACGGUUCGGCCGAGCGUUGUCGAGCUGGAAAAGAGCGAUAGCGGAGAAAACACUUUUUACGGGUUCUUCGAGACGAUACCCCUCCAAGGGUUUCCGCGAGCCGAUCUUUUCGUUACCACCGACAACUCUCCGCGAAACGAUCGCGUCGAUUACGACAAAGACGACGCUGACGCCGACGCGACGAACGAUCGAGAGGCAGCGCCGACGGGGACGGUCGACAACCUUUCGGCGGAACAUGGGAACGAUUAUCGUUUACAAUUAGACGAAACCGAUAAAUAUUUCGUAAACUCGAAGACGUCUUACGAUCGUACAGGCUCCGCAAACUUUGAACUUUGCCAAGCUGAGACCUACCAACCUCGGGAUACAAGAGCUACAAGAAAACACAGAAAUUUAUACGCUAUACUCGACGAAGAAAUGAUCAACGAGGACGACGCGAAUUCCAAGGAUUGCGAUUGUAGAGUUGUUCGGCAGUCGGAACCGUGCGUUUGCCGACCGAAAAGAAACCCUCCCGAAUCUUUGGAAUCCGAGAGGAACGCGGAAACAUCGUCCGAACAAGAAACGUAUACCGAUGUCGAUGUCGAUGUCGCCGGUAUGAAUUCUCACGAUGUUACUGAUGUAGAGGUGUUUUCGGAACUUGCUGAUUCACCGAUGGAAAUAUUAAAAUUACAUACCGAAUCGCCCGAUACGAAAAUCCAACGCGACGCGAACGAGUUUCCGCGAAACCAGUCCAAUUCGGAAAUCGUUGACAACUAUUCUCUCGGCGAUUCUUCCUCGACUAUGUCGACUUUCAACGAGAACGAUGACUCCAUCUCGCCAUCGAAUACGACAAAAAUUCAUCUCGACCAGAAUACAUUUUAUCCUAACCGAUUCGGAGAAUCCGCGCAAGAGAAAGCGUCGAGCGAUACUCUCGGGGAUGUCGCGGAGUAUACUCGGACAAGUUGGGAAAAUUCUCCAGCAAUCGAUGUCGAUGCCAUCAUCGACGUCGGCCAGAACGUCGCGGACCAAAACGAAACGCUACGGCCGCGGCCAUGGCCGGAACAAGUCGACAUCUCGGAAAGCGAAAAUUCUAGCACGGCUUUCAUACCAGCCAUUCUAUCGGACGAAAGCAUCGUUGCGACCGAGCCCGAAAACGAUUAUAAUAACGAUACGACCGUACAAGAGAUCUCGAUGCGACCAGUCGAAAUACAAGUUUUAUCCGGAACGCUUGGAAACACUGAAAACAAACACGAAAAUCCAAAAACUCUGACAACGAAGAAUAGAAAACAAGACGGACGCCGAAUCGGCAAUUCUUCGAGCAAGAGAAACAAAUCGAGCGAUGCGAGACCAUGGGAAACGCGACUGAUGGAUAGGGCGAGAGCGCUAUUGACUCGGAGAAAGAUGCUCGACGAGAAGAAAGAAAAACGACCAAGUGUCGGCGUUGUGUCAACUUUGAAUUCGAAUUUACGAUCGACCGGUAGAUUACGACAACGCGCAAAGAAUCGAGCGGAUCGGUUGGAAGAAUCGAAUGAAAAGGUGCGCGAAAAACGAUACGACAUGUUGCAAGAAUCCUUGCGAAACUUUGUCAACGUAGAGGAAAUCGAAAUGAAAGCCGAAGAAAAGAAGAGAAACCCGAGUAAAAGGGAGGCCAACGAUGACGUUGGCGAUACGAUCGAUCGCAUUCCGAUUUACCAUCCAAUCGAGGCGAAAGCAUACAAAGAAAACGACGCGAGCAGCGAAACGGUAAAAACGUCAAGUAUUCCGAUAACCGAAGUCGCGAGGAUGCGCAGCGUUCGAGAGAGGAUUUUCAAUAGUAAGGAUCCGCAAAAGUUUCGUCAUUCGGGGAUCAUUCAACUAUCCGAUCCUCGCGAACCAACGGACGCCAUAAUUCGAUCGAGGGAUUUGUACGAGAAUGAAACUGCAACGAAGAAGAAAUUUUCCAACGACGAAAACAAAUACGAUCGAUCUUACUUGGCUUUGGUGGAAAAUUUCGACAGUCCGCGAAUCUUCCACUAUCAACGGAACCCGCUGAGCGAUCGAAAAAGGAGCCCACGGGUACCGCCAUCUCCUAACCCAGACGCGCGCUACUACGAUACCAAACACACCUACGUCUACGAUUCGUUUCGGCGCAAUCCUUACGAGAAUCUCGAAAUCGUUCAAGAUUCCAGCGAAGAGAUCGACAAAGAAUCAAACGAAUUGCCCGUGACUCGAGAGAUAUACGUAAUCGAUCCUUCCGAGAUGGACGUCAGCGCCGGAGAGCCCGCUUUAAAAUUAUUAUACAGGGAUCCGUUGAAAACGAGGAAAAUCGUGUACGAAACGAUUUGGAAGCCCGUCUUGUAUAAUCCUUAUAAAAUUCGCCAAACGAACCAACUCGAGGGUAAAAACAGACUCCCGGGCUUGAGAGAUCCUCGAGGAAAAGUCGAUUACUUCCAAGACCUUGUAAAAUUACAAGACUCGGCGAGAAACUUGAACACUGGCGAACUUUUGAGGAUUUUAAUCGACGCGUUGGAUUUGCGAUACGCCGACGAACUUUUCGAAAGAUUAACAGGAUCGAAGGAGAACCAAUCUCGAGAUGAGACCACUCGACUCGAACGAGAUAACGAACUCGAACAAAUUCCCGAGAGUAAGGAAAACUCGGUAGAAAGGAAAUCUUCGGAGACAUCCGAUACGCAAAGAACACUGGCAAAAUUAUCCAUGGUAUAUCGAGAUACGCCAAAUUUUCUACAAGACAAAUCCAAGUCCGAGGAAAGCGAAGAAGGUUGCGACCACGCGAACGAAAACACGUCGCAAAUGUUGCAAGUUUAUACCGCGAACGAGAGGGAAAACGAGAGCAGCGAAGCAAUCCAAGAGAACGUAAAUAUCGAGUCAGAAAUGCCGACGACCUUGGCGUUACCUUGGACCAAGAGACUCGGCAGAUUUCGAAGACAAACGUUCGAGCGAACAAAGGACCAACCGUUAGAACUGCAACGCUUGGAACAAGUUCCUUCGAGUCCGAAGAUUUUAACGCACAGCGACAUCGACGACGUUGAGAAAUCGAUGGUUCGGAAAAUAGCCCAUCUAGAAAGAAGCGACAACGAGAAUCGAGGAUUAUCAUCGUUCGUAGAAGAAAGCAUACCAAAAUUGCAAAAUGUUGUAGUCGAUGGUUUAGAGAAAGCUAAAAAUUUAACAGGGACGGUAGAACGAUUGAUCGAAAAUCUAGACAAGAAUUUUAACGAGGCUUCGGAGGCUAACGUACCAACAAACUCGACCGAUCUAGAAUCGAUAGGUGUCGCUCGAAAUACUUUCCAUAGUGCGAUAAUAAAUGUAAAAAAAUUUUUUACGUUACUUACCGGAAUCACGCAUAUUUUACAUCGAUGAUACCGUUACCAGAGCCCCCAAACAUACCGAUACGUACGCUACACUGUCCAUUUGUCCUCUUUCGUUAAUUCGCACUUGCGUAAUUAUUCCCUCAUUGGGUACUCCAAGUACUCCAACCACCCCGGCCGAGUCGUUGGGACAGCCAUAAAAUGUCUAUUUUUCGUCGCUUCUUUUUUAAUGUAUAAUCAAAUAAAGAAUAUUUCAAACGA